UGGUGCAGAUGGCCUGCCCCGGGAUCGGGGGUUGGGAAGACGCUUGUGGGCCGCGCGGGGGCUUUGUCGCAGGGGGCUUCAUGGUCAUUUAUAUCCAGCGAGAGGCUGACUUUAAAAUUGAGAUUCAUUCUGCCAAGCUGGAGAAUGGCGAUCGUGAAGCUUGCUGAUCGAGGAGAAACAACCGCAAAAUUAGCAUCCUUCUAGAAGAGAAGCUUUGGUUCGUGUGCCUGACGGACAGUGGGGCCAAGCAAACUGAAACAUUGGAAUUUGGAGCAGAGAAAGGUUUACUGCAAGGCCAAGCAAGGAGAGGAGGGAUAGGAGAGUGAUACUCCACCCAGAAUGGAAGUGUGUCCUUACUGUAAGAAGCCAUUUAAACGACUGAAAUCCCACUUGCCACACUGUAAGAUGAGAGAACCAGCUAUACCUGCUGAUGGAGAGGUUUGUCAGCCCAAGCCAGCUACACUCCCACGUGCUAAGAAAAUCAGAGGACCAAUCAGAGACCUAAUUAAAGCUGAAGAGAGAGGGCUAGGGACAGACGGUGAGAAAAGAAAUCCUGAAUUGAAAGGAGACAAAUCAGAACAGACAGUGAAGUCCUCUCCAGUACUAGCCGUUGGUUUGGAAAAAGCAAGUAGUGCAAAGGCCAGUAAAGCCAUCAAGAAUCAAAUUCAACCCUUCUUCAAAAUAUUAAAAAAUACUGAACCAAAGAUUACUUUCCAGGGAGAAACUACAGCUCAGUUUUCUGCAUCAGGGAACACCAUGCCUAAAAAAGAACUUGCCAAAGAUUUGCCUAAAUCAGGGAAAAGUAGAAAUGAUCCUUCAGAGACUGAAGCAACUUUAUCCCUUGGCCCAAUGGAACCUUCAUUGUCAAAUCAAGACAGCAAAUAUUCUUCCAUCUUCCCUAAUGAUGUACAAGCCACUUCUGCUGAUUUAAGAUUGGAUAAAAUUGAUUCCCCAAGACAGAACCUUCUAGUAAAAUUACUAGAUACGUCUGGUGAUUAUCAUAGUUCUCCCAUGAAUCUCAGUUAUGGAGUCAAAAGGGUAAACACAUCAUCAUCAGGCAGUGAGAGAAAUUCCAAGGCCAAGAAUCAGCGCUCUGAAGUGUCUGCUGAUGUUAGGGACUCGGGGGCUCAGGGAAAGAACACAGGAUCACAAAUUGCAGCUUUUAAAAUUAACCCAUUAGGUCAAAUCCAGGUCAUGGAGAACCAGGUAAAAGGACUUAACCUUGGAGCAGAAGCAUGUGGAGGCAAAGAGGAUGCAGAGAACAGUGUAUUUGUGACAGAGAUGGAGGAAUGCUCUUCCAUGAGCGAUGACUCUAAGAAGGCCUUUAGUACCAAUUCAGUCACGGAGAAGAAAUCUCAAGAUGAACGUCCCAGUUUAAACCUGUUCACGCCAGCAGAGACAACUCAAAAUGAGCUUCUUUCUGUAUCACGGUCACAAAAUCAAAGUCUUCCUUCUCUGGCUGUAAAAUUUAUCCAGGAAGAGAAAGCAGAAGCCUGCAGUCAUAAUCCAGUCUCCGCUGUAAAGGCAUUGAUGAAGAGAGAGGAACAAGCAUCUCUGGCACCCAAAUUGGGCUGUCAGUCCCAAGCAUUACACCUUAGGGACCAGCAGUCUUCAUAUUCCACCCAGCAUCACGCUUCUAAAAGCUCCUCUGCCAGUCAGAUCAGUGUCACCAACCAGAAGACCCUGUCGAGCUCUCUAGGACUGGAAUGGUUUCCAGAGCUCUAUCCUGGUUAUCUUGGACUUGGGGUGUUGCCAGGGAAGCCUCAGAAUUGGAACAUGAUGGCCCUGAAGCCUCUGCUCUUCAGCCGCCAGGGGGAAAGAUUCUCACAAGUUCCUUUGUUGGAAAGAAGUUCGACGGCAGUGAGGAGUUUGGAACCCCCGACCAGACUCACAACCUCCAACUUCUCUCUAAUGAGGUUCUUGGGAGCUCUCCAAAAAGGCUGGAUCAGGUGCAGCACCACCGUGAAGAGUGGAGUCGGUGGCAUCACGAUGCUGUUUGCAGGAUACUUUGUCCUUUGUUGUAGCUGGAGUUUCAAGCAUCUGAAGCUGCAGCGCUGGCGUAAGUAACAUUGACCUGAAACCACUUAAGAAAGCUUUGCAGCUCCAAGGAGAGCGCGGUGGAGACAGCUGCAGCGUGUAUUUAACAGCGUAAACUUGUGGUGGGGGCAGGGGAGGGUUAAAAGAAUAAAACUACUGGAAUCUAGUAAUUAUACGGGAAGCAUUUUUAUGUGGACAGAUCUGGUGCUGUCUGCAUAUUUCUUUGGCUUGUUCUCAAAAGAGGCAAAGUUACUGGAAAAAAAAAUUCAGAAGAUGACAGAGUUCAGUGUUAAAAUUUUUAAAUAAGCUAUUUAUUUCCUAAUACUCAGUAAAAACUAGCAUCUCAAUUUUAAAUCUUUCCCGAAAAUUGUUCUCUGUGUCUUGGCAUUUUGCCAUUCAUCUAAACUAGAGACUGGGCUACAUGUACGCUGAUUCAGCGUAGUGUCUGAAGUGGCGGAAAAUCGGGACACAUCAGGCCCUUCCCCUUGGGAAUGGGCAGGCUCUCUUGGGUCGCUGACCAGGCCUUGGCAGAUGUGAGGCACACAAAAGCAGAGUUGGGGCUCAGAGUUGCAGGGGAGCCCAUGAAAUGUCCUUGGCAGAUAGUUUUAAGCUGAUUAAAACAGCACACUAAGCAGGAUGUUGAAUCACCUUGUCUACAUCUUAAGUAUCAUAGUGAGCAGAUGGGAUUCUUUUAAGAAUCCCACCCUCUCCCCUCCCAAGAAUUCCAGUGAAAUAAUCAAAUAUUCCUUUCACUUUGUUAGUCUUGUUGGCUGGAGGGGUUUUUUGUGUCUUCCCUCAUCAAAAUUUUCAGCGAUUUUUAAAUUGUAUGACUUCUGCUUUGGUCCCUAGAGAGUAACUUGGCUACUGUGAAAGGCUGGGAGGGAAUUUAAUUGGGAUAGCACAGCUGGAUGACUUUUCCAACACCGGGCGUUGACUGUGUAUCAUAUAUAAAUAUGCCCCUACCUGUCAGUCCUUCUGUCUGUGUCAGCCUUGCUUGUGAUGUCCUCAGGCCAGAAGCCAGGCAUGCCAUUUCUCUUGUUCCAGCUCCCUCAGAACGACAGAAAAGCAGGCGUGCUGUUCGAGGGCCAACAUUUGUGUGUUGCCUCCUCAUCCUUCUCUCUUCCCAUAACCUGAGCUGCUUUAUCUCCCGUGUCUAUUCUCCAAUCCCCUGUCCCCUUCUCCCUCUCUAAUUAUCCAUAGUGGGAGUAAUUUAAUUCUGCCUCAAAUCCUCUUGGUUAAGGAAAAGGUGCACUAGAAUUCCCCAUAAGGGAAAACUCAAGGUUGAGGGAGAGUGUACUACAGGUCUGUAUUUUAAUGACUGAGAAUGUCAUCAAAACUCCAAAAACAAGGUCUCCUUUUGGAGUGGCUUUGUGGCCAUUCUUUAACGCCCUUUGAGAGAGACAGUCAGGGAGGGAUUCUCCCUGCACCUCCGCUAUGGCCUUUCUCUACAUCCGAAAUGCUCAGGGUACAAAAGUAGAUGAGAAUGACCGCUCUGCUGCGUCCUCUCCCCUGGCCCCCUGCAGCAGGGGUCAGCAGACCACGACAGCCCACGGGCAUGAGCCAGCGCCCGGCCUGUUUCUGUGAUGUCUCCCUGGAACACAGCCCUGCUCCCUCGGCUAGGUGCCGGCUGUGGCCGCCUCCACGCUGCAGAGGCAGGCAGAGCCCCCAGCGCCUGCAGAGCUGAGAAUGGUUCCUCUCUGGCCCUUUUCAGAAGGCAAGCCGGCCCCAGCCCUAGACGAGCACAACACGUCACGGUCGCCUGUGUCAGAGGGAUGAAGACGACUGGGGAUCAUCGCUCUAAAACGUUGGGGGUUUAGACAUUUCAGUAGGAGCCGCCGUUCUGGACUUAGUACCUUAAGUGCCCAAAUGUUGCCCCCCUAAGCACGACAUUUAAGUGCAGUAGUGGCCACAAGAGUUAGCUUGUAGCCCCCCAAGAUUUUUAUCAGGAACAUUUCUGCAGUACCGUCAUAGUCAGAAUGCUAAACGUAAUGAAAAAUUUAAGCUCCAUUGUAGCAUGGUAAAUAUUUCACAUGCCUGAAAAUAAGUUCCUGAAGAAUGAACUAAUGGGCCGUCAGUCCUAGAGGGCUCUCUGCAUCCAUCGUAUUGCCGAGUUUAAGACAAAAGUGGGCUCCUCCAUUAAUACGAGGGUUUUUAGUUUGACAUGAUCGGUACCAAGACUCCUAAUUCACAUGUAGUAGGAAAGAGCAAAAAAUCUUAACUGAUGCUUUGAAUUCAAUACUAAGCAUGGAUUCUUAAAAUGAUGUGAGUGACUUUGAAAAAAACCAUCGGCAGUUUGUCUAGAUUCUGGAAUUACUUGGUUAUGGCCACAAAAUAACAGAGGGAAAGGGUUCCCUAUCUUACUCACUGCGGCCACUUGAGGGUGAGAGGAAACUCCUUGAAGACGUUUUAUUGAGUCUUUAAGGAUUUCCUGAUUGUGUUGAGAACAGUUUCAGAGAGUUGAGGUCAGCUGAAAACAAAUUAAUUCUUUUCCUAGAUUCAGAUCUAAACAAAUGCAGCAUGAUCCAGGGAUCAUGUUUGCAAUAUUGACGUCAGCUUGCCUUAUGAGGAGACAUUCAUUGUUCAUAUACACAACCGUCCCUCCAAGAGAAGUUCGUUCGCACAGACAGAUCUACCUGUGUGUGUGAGCUGGCAGGUUACAUACAGGCCGCCUCCAGAAAGAGAAGCGAUUCCUUUCAAAACUGGAGGUGUGGACGAGUGAGUGUGCGCUCCGUGCGGAAGCCAGGGUAGCUGGUGCUGUCUUCACAAAGCCAAGAGGAAAAGGAGUCAAGAAAGCUCUUAGCGUGGUUCAGUUUUAGACAGCCUCCUAAAUUUUCUCUUAAAAUCCUGCUCCAUGUCUUCCCCGGCCUUGGGAGCUAAGCAGCCAGGCACAGAUUCUGCUCCAGGGACAGCUGCACGUGGCCCUGAACGAGGCUUCCAGCACCAGGCGUGGAAAUUAGCCCGAGACCUCCUUACCAGCAGUGCCCGCCCCCCACCCACCCCCUUUGCAGAAGAGCUAAACGGGGGUACGGGGCUCCUCUCCGUCCUGGAGAAGACUUAAGGGAAGUGUGCCCCACUGCGGGCUGGAACUGCGCAGGCCUCAGCACCCUCGUGUGCGCUGCGGAGCUUGGGCUAGCCCUGCUCCCUGCGGAGUUGACUCCUGAGUGACAGUGUGGACUGUGUGGCAUUUCCUGGGAAGACUGUAUUUUUUUCUCUAUAUAUUAAAAUAUUCAGCUGGUAAAAUCA